AUCGGCUAGGAGCAACGAGCGGCGGGGCUGGGGCGCUGCGGCCCCGUGGAGCCGCGCAGUAUGGCGGGCGGGGCCAGGGAGGUCCUCACACUGCAGUUGGGACAUUUUGCCGGUUUCGUGGGGGCGCACUGGUGGAACCAGCAGGAUGCUGCGCUGGGCCGAGCGACCGAUGCCAAGGAGCCCCCGGGCGAGCUGUGCCCCGACGUCCUGUAUCAUCCUCCCACCUUACCGAGCUCCAGGACCAGAGAUGAGGAGCUGAGCACAACAUGCCAACACUCGAGGGGCCCACGACAGUUGCUCAAGAGCCAUCUCGGGAAUAGGCUGCUAGGCCCUGGAGACAGUAGUUUGAGCUCCCUACAAGAGGGAGGUGGACUCUACAGGGACAAACAGUUGGAUGCUGCAAUAGCAUGGCAGGGGAAGCUCACCACACACAAAGAGGAACUCUAUCCCAAGAACCCUUAUCUCCAGGACUUUCUGAGUGCAGAGGGAGUGCUGAGUAGUGACGGUGUUUGGAGGGUCAAAUCCAUUCCCAAUGGCAAAGGUUCCCCAUCACUCACCACUGCUACAACUCCAAAACCACUUAUACCUACAGAGGCCAGCAUCAGGGUCUGGUCAGACUUCCUCAGAGUCCAUCUCCAUCCCCGGAGCAUCUGUAUGAUUCAGAAGUACAACCAUGAUGGGGAAGCAGGUCGGCUGGAGGCUUUUGGCCAAGGGGAAAGUGUCCUAAAGGAACCCAAGUACCAGGAAGAGCUGGAGGACAGGCUGCACUUCUACGUGGAGGAAUGUGACUACUUGCAGGUAGCGACGUGGAAACGUGCACUCCAGGGUGGAAGCUCUUCUCAUCCUGCUAACUAUCUUUCAUCACUCACCUCCGCCCAGGGCUUCCAGAUCCUGUGUGACCUGCAUGAUGGCUUCUCUGGGGUAGGCGCGAAGGCGGCAGAGCUGCUACAAGAUGAAUAUUCAGGGCGGGGAAUAAUAACGUGGGGCCUGCUACCUGGUCCCUACCAUCGUGGGGAGGCCCAGAGAAACAUCUAUCGUCUAUUAAACACAGCUUUUGGUCUCGUGCACCUGACUGCUCACAGCUCUCUCGUCUGCCCCUUGUCCUUGGGUGGGAGCCUGGGCCUGCGACCUGAGCCACCUGUCAACUUCCCUUACCUGCAUUAUGAUGCCACUCUGCCCUUCCACUGCAGUGCCAUCCUGGCUACAGCCCUGGACACAGUCACUGUUCCUUAUCGCCUUUGCUCCUCUCCAGUUUCCAUGGUUCAUCUGGCUGACAUGCUGAGCUUCUGUGGGAAAAAGGUGGUGACAGCAGGAGCAAUCAUCCCUUUCCCCUUGGCUCCAGGCCAGUCCCUUCCUGAUUCCCUGAUGCAGUUUGGAGGAGCCGCCCCAUGGACCCCACUGUCUGCAUGUGGGGAGCCUUCUGGAACACGUUGCUUUGCCCAGUCAGUGGUGCUGAGGGGUAUAGACAGAGCAUGCCACACGAGCCAGCUCACCCUGGGGACACCUCCACCCUCCGCCCUUCAUGCAUGUACCACUGGGGAAGAAGUCUUGGCUCAGUAUUUACAACAGCAGCAGCCUGGAGUCAUGAGUUCUUCCCAUCUGCUGCUGACUCCCUGCAGGGUGGCUCCUCCUUACCCCCACCUCUUCGCAAGCUGCAGUCCACCGGGUAUGGUUCUGGAUGGUUCCCCCAAGGGAGCAGCAGUGGAGAGCGUCCCAGUGUUUGGGGCACUGUGUUCCUCUUCGUCCCUGCACCAGACCCUGGAAGCCUUGGCCAGAGACCUCACCAAACUCGACUUGCGGCGCUGGGCCAGCUUCAUGGAUGCUGGAGUGGAGCACGAUGAUGUAGCAGAGCUGCUGCAGGAGCUACAAAGUCUGGCCCAGUGCUACCAGGAUGGUGACAGCCUCGUGGACUAAAGUUCCCAGUGUGGGAGAAAGGAGCUAGUUUGCAAUAAAAACAGCUGGAUGCAGGAGCCCAGUGUCUUCGUGCAGAGGAGCUCAAUGUCGCGGGACUAGCUACACCAACAUAUGCACUUUUUACAUUUAGAAACACUGCGAUUAGACCACAGAACAAUAAAUAUGUGCCAUCAGACCAAAAAAAAGUAGAGAACGGAGCUGAACUCCACUCUUGAUGCUAUUUACAGAGGAGAUUUGUAAAGUCUUCAUAAAAGACCUUGAAUGAUGCCUAGGAUGGCAGAGCCCCUGGGUCCUACUCCAUCCUCCAGCCUUUGUCCUGGUCCUGGGCUCCUGCUCUCCAGAUCUGUAAACUGGGCUCAAGGACUGUACAAGCGGAGUACAACUACCCGCCUCCCCAGUGCCAGGGCGCCUGUUGGGUUUGGUCCUGUGUAGAUGAUUCCCAGAGUCUCAUUCAUCCAGCUCCUCUUCAGACAGAAGGUCCCCAUGGUCAGACAGCUGGUCUGCAUUGCUGGUACUGGUUCAUCCUCAGAGCUGGCUUCACAGGCAGUGUGGAAGAGCUGCAUGAGUUCUCGAAAACGGUGGGAAACCUAAGAAAGGAGGAGGGCUAUAUUCACUGAUCCUUAGUAACAUGUUAACAUUUAUGAAGCACUAUA